AUGAAGCUAAUCUAUCUGCGAACCUUCCUCGUUGGCUUUGCCAGCGUUGCCGCAGCUGACCUGCCCUCUAUCAAAGCAAAGGGCUCCAAGUUUCUCCUCCCUGAUGGCACACAGUUUUUCAUAAAAGGAGUGGCUUACCAGCAGGAUAUCGGCGCUGGCGGUGCUGGCAGCAUCUCUAGCGCGCCGACGACGUACCUAGACCCUCUUGCUGACAAGAAGAGCUGCGAGCGCGACGUUCCCCUGCUCAAGGAACUGGGCACGAACACGAUUCGCACUUAUGCCAUUGACCCCGAAGCAGAUCACAGUUUUUGCAUGAACCUUCUACAAGAGGCAGGCAUCUAUGUGAUCGCAGAUCUCGGUGAGCCGGCUCUGUCAAUCAACAGAGAGGAGCCCCAGUGGAACACGGAGCUCUUUGGGCGAUAUCAAAAAGUCAUUGAUUCCCUGUCUCCAUACUCUAACGUCAUCGGCUACUUUGCGGGCAAUGAAGUGACCAAUGCCAAAAAUAAUACAGGCGCGUCUGCCUAUGUCAAGGCCGCCAUUCGCGAUUCUAAAAAAUACAUCAAAGAAAAGCACAAUUCGCGUUGGCUCGGGGUCGGCUACGCUACAAACGACGACACCGAUAUCCGCACAGAGCUUUCAAACUACUUCAAUUGCGAUAGCCAAGAUGACUCUGCCGAUUUCUGGGGAUACAACAUCUACUCGUGGUGUGGCGAUAGCACCAUGCAAGUAUCCGGUUAUGACAAACAGGCCGAGUUCUUUAGCAACUAUUCUAUACCAGUCUUCUUCGCUGAGUAUGGCUGUAAUGAUGGCGGAGGCGCUGAGGCCCGCAUCUUUACAGACACUGAGGCCCUGUACUCUAGGGAAAUGGCCUCGGUGUUCAGUGGUGGCAUCGUCUACAUGUACUUUCAAGAGGCAAAUGACUUUGGCCUAGUGAGAGUGGAAAAUGGCGAGGCGGUCAAGAUGAAAAAUUUUGAAGUUCUCAAGAAACAAUUGGCCAAGAUUGACCCCAAGGGGUCCGACUCGACAGCCGAACUGCAACUGAGCGAAUGCCCAGUCAUCAGCCAGAACUGGCAGGCGAAUAAAGCACUGCCAACAACGCCCGACAAGGCCCUAUGCGACUGUAUGGUCAGCUCGCUCACUUGCGUCCCUAAGGCGAACCUGGAUAAGAAGCAAUUUGCGCGCAUUUUUGGCUUUGUAUGCGGUAACGCGAACAGGGGGCUGUGUGCGGGCAUUAGCGGCAACACCACCAGCGGCGUGUACGGCGCGUACAGCAUGUGCGAGGCGUCGGCCAAGCUGGCCUUUGUCAUGGACGGAUACUACAAGAAACAAAACAGCGGCGCCUUUGCAUGUGACUUUGGCGGCGCUGCCGAGGUGCAAAAGGCGAUUGUUGAACCUAAGUGCGAGGGCAUGCUCAAGGAGGCCAAGAAGGUCAAUGAGCAUGCCGCAACCGCGACGACGGCCACGCCUAAGGCGACGUCGACUAAAGACAGUAAAUCUGCAACGAAUGCUGCUAGUUUCUCCAUUUUACUUUUCAUUCUUGCGGUCUCGGUGGACUAUUCCUUCGACCCUUCCGUGUUGACAGCCCGCUUGACAAGGGUAGAAGACCUCACUGCUAUUGCUGGCUGCGCUAGCGCCAUUUGUCUGAGCCCCGAGCCGGCCAAGCGCAUUUGCUAUGACGAGAAUGGCGCUACUCCACAGAACCUCAACAUGAAGGAGGUAGCUUUCAUUGCUCGCUACCUCCGCAGGUACCAGGCACAAGCCAUCAAGGCGGGCCGCUCGCCCUUCUGGAAGAUGAAUGAGGCUGAUGCCGACAACUGCGCUGAGUGGCAGGUGUCUAGCAAGGGCAAGACUUGGGCCCCCGCUAAGCUGGUUGGGGACGAUUCUGCCGCCGUCACCUUCGAAGACAUUGCGAACACCAUCGACGCUGCUGUCAAAGCCGGCGAUACCGACCAAUCCGAGGCCAUUAAUGGAUGCGGCACCGCUGGAGGCCAGAUGGGUGUCAUUGUCAACACCAAUGAUCCUCUGUACCAGAGCAAGGAGUUUGUGGAUGGCGGCUACACUUACGAAGGUAUUGUGAUCAAGUCGGUCCACGCUCCUUGA